AGUCUCCCCGCCCCUCCCGCAACGAUAGACCUCGGGAUAUCCCUGGCUUGCCUGCCCGCCAUGGCCGACAAGGUAGCAGCCUUUGAUGACGCAGUAGAAGAACGUGUGAUCAACGAAGAGUACAAAAUAUGGAAAAUGAACACCCCUUUUCUUUAUGAUUUGGUGAUGACCCAUAGCCUGGAGUGGCCCAGCUUAACUGCACAGUGCCUUCCGGAUGUAACCAGACCAGAUGGGAAAGAUUUCAGCAUUCAUCAACUUGUCCUGGGGACACAUACUUCGGAUGAACAAAACCACCUUGGGAUAGUGAGUGUGCAGCUCCCUUAUGAUGAUGCUCAGUUCAAGGUUUCACACUACAGCAGUGAGAAAGAAGAAUUUGGAGGCUUUAGCUCUGUUAGUGGAAAAAUUGAAAUAGAAAUCAAGAUCAACCAUGAAGGAGAAGUGAACAGGGCACAUUAUAUGCUGCAGAACCCUUGCAUCAUUGCAACAAAGACUCCAUCCAGUGAUGUUCUUGUUUUUGACUAUACAAAACAUCCUUCUAAAUCAGAUCCUUGUGGAAAGUGCAACCCAGACUUGUGUCUCUGUGGACAUCAGAAGGAAGGCUAUGGGCUUUCUUGGAACCCAAACCUCAGUGGGCACUUACUUAGUGCUUCAGAUGACCAUACCAUCUGCCUAUGGGACAUCAGUGCUGCUCCAAAGGAAGGAAAAGUUGUGGAUGCGAAGACCAUCUUUACAGAUACAGCAGUAGUGGAAGAUGUCUCCUGGCAUCUGCUUUAUAAGUCUCUAUGUGGAUCAGUUGCUGAUAAUCAGAAACUUAUGAUCUGGGAUACUCAUUCAAACAAUACUUCCAAACCAAGCCACUCAGUUGAUGCUCACACUGCUGAAGUGAACUGCUUUUCUUUCAAUCUUUAUAGUGAGUUCAUUCUUGUCACAAGAUCAGCCAAUAAGACUGUUGCCUUGUGGGAUCUGAGAAAUCUGAAACUUAAAUUGUAUUCCUUUGAAUCACAUAAGGAUUAAAUAUUCCAGGUUCAGUGGUCACCUCACAAUGAGACUAUUUUGGCUUCCAGUGGUACUGAUCGCAGACUGAAUGUCUGGGAUUUGAGUAAAAUUGGAGAGGAACGAUCCCCAGAAGAUGCAGAAGAUGGGCCACUGGAGCUGCUGUUGUUUAUUCAUGGCGGUCACACUGCCAAGAUAUCUGAUUUCUGCUGGAAUCCCAGUGAACCUUGGGUGAUCUGUUCUGUGUCAGAAGACAAUAUCAUGCAAGUAUGGCAAAUGGCAGAGAACAUUUAUAAUGAUGAAGACCUUGAAGGAAGUGUGGAUCCAGAAGGACAGGGGUCUUAAAUAUAUCUGCACUUCUUGUGAUUUUAGACUCCCCUUUUUCCCUUUCAACCCUGAUGUUGAUUUAACACUGGUUUUGAGACCCAGACUUUGUUCAGCUAUCCCUCUACAGU